AUGCAACCACUCAACCCGUUCUUGCGCGCCUUCUUCAGAAGCGCACUACCGUCGCAAUGCUCGCCGAUAAACCACCACGUCAUCCUGGUCCCGACGACUGACGUACUGCUGAAUGCCAAGGACCGCGAGACGAACACGCCUUACGCAGAACUAGCAGCAACCGAUGAGUUCUUGGCCAGCCAUGUUCUACGAGUUCCAGGGGGAGCACCACCUGGAGGUAAUGGAGCGAGGGAGGGCGGGAAUGUUCGAGAGAACAAGAGCAAAGCGAAGCAGUACAGUACGAUCAAUGGCCGGACGGUAGUGUUGAAGGACGCCUUCGUAUAUAGCAAUAAAGGCUUCAAGACACUCAAUCAGGCGCAGCUGCUGCAGGAUGCGAUAUACUACCCGGACACACCCGAUGGACAGCAGUGGCUCAUCUACUACAUCUCGCGACCACUAAUAGUCAUACCGGCAGUGAUUAGUGAUGAGCCGAGCAAGGAGCGGAGGAAACUGCUAGCGGAGGCAUCGGAAAGUGGGCCUUCGACUGCUGGUGAGCCUCCGCCUGUGCCGAAGAAGAAGAAUGUGAAGAACUUCAGCGAUCUGCUCAAUCAGUUUCCGAUGAUCUCUAGACAGAUGGCAGGUGGACUAGAGAGGAUCAUCCGCGAAUUCGUAUCGACGAACCAAAAGCCAGUGCAUACACCACGAUCUAGAAGGUCGUCGGUCAGCUCGCAGCAGUCUACGCCAUCAAUGAGCAGUUCUGUCUCAUCGCUGAAGUCCUCAUUGUCUGGACACUCUACACUGCCUCCUACCCAGCUGGAGCUCGAGCCCGAAGAAGAGGCACUACGCAUGUCCCUCGAAAGCGCAGUCACAGCUGCGAUCGACCUCUUCCAACAAGUCGACAAGCACCAGCUAUCCCUCCUCGGGGCAAAUACCGAACUUACUGGACCUAUGGUGGAGCGCAUGCUCGAACGCUACAUCUCCGAACAGGUUCAUGACCAGACGCUCUUCCCGAAAGUAUGCGCUAGUCGCAAAGCAGACGACAGUGAUCUCGACCAUAAGAUCCGUAAGAUGUCCGAUAUUGACAUCGCGCAAGUGGGCAUACCUAUCGAAGGAGGUAUGCAGGGCAAACGUGAGCUGUCGGCUAGACUGGCAAAUGGUGUGGAUGCUUUCAAGAAGGUGGGUGUCUCGAGUAGUGCUCAGGAAAUGCUGGAGAUCUUGUUGUCGACGCAGAAGGUUAUUAGCGAGCAAUCUUCUUCUAGCGAGGAUGCUCAGGCAACAUCUUCAGUGUUGACUAUCAAUGCUGAUAUCCUGGUGUCAAUGCUGUUGAUUGUGGUGAUCAGGAGUGGAGUACGGCAUUUGCAUUCGCGGCUUCUGUACAUGCGCUACUUUAUUUUCACCGAGGAGGUGGACAGUGGUGAGCAGGGUUAUGCUUUGGCAACUUUGGAGGCUGUUCUGGCACAUCUGACGAACAGCUCAUCCGCGCUUCGGAAAGCGAGCAAGCGCAAUAGGCUUCUGUGGCAGGCGGUUCGAGGCGGUGAUCUGCAGGCACUGGAAGCAAUCCUGGAGCCUUCUAUGAUGCCGCCGAGCGAAGCCACCAUUGAGGAAUCGCCUACGGAUGUUGCGGACGAGCUAUCAGAUGACAGUGUCCUAGACCCUGUACUCGAAGGACCCAGCAAGCACGGUGAAAUGAGCAAUGAAAACCACCGACCUGACUUUGCCGCGAAUGGCUCGCUUGGACACGUCUUCCCGUUUCAGCGUCCACCUACGCCACCACCAGAGCACUUCGAUGUCAAGGUCAAGAAGCGUGUCUCGAUGGCGUCGCUACCGAGAAGCCAGUCAGCCUCAUCAGGGUACUCUUCGCGUUCGCACUCACGAAAGAGAAGCGUUGAUUCAAUCAACAGUAAUGCACCAGGCGGCGAUCUAUCUUCCGACAAACUCGCACAGACGCAAGAUGCGGAAGGCAACUCCGUACUUAUGAUGGCUACGGAUAGUGGGCAGAAUGACGCUCUGCGCUUCUUGCUCAACUUGCCAGCACAUUUCCGUGCCGACUUUGUGCUUGACGACAUCAAUAAUGCAGGCACGACGCUGUUGGGCGCCGCUGUACAAGCAGGAGAUCGGCCCGUGAUUGAGUGUCUACUCGAAUUUCUUGAGAGCCGUGCUUCAGAGGAGCAGCUUCUACGAUACCUAAGGAUGCCGGAUGCUCAGGGCCGUUGCAUGGCGCACUACCUCUUCAACCAACCCUACCUCAUACAACGUUUUGGCAAGAAGCUGCCUUGGCGACUGAAGGACAAGCAUGGACAGACACCGCUCUUCGCCCUGUGUCGCUCCUACGACCAUAGACAGUACCACUCGAUGAUCGACUCUGCAAUCCCGCUAGCCACAGCCACGCAAGGUGAUGGCCUGCCUUUACACCUAGACGAUCACGUAGACGCCAAAGGCAACACAUUACUGCACGUUGUUGUGGAUCCCAAGACAACGAUGAAGCUCCUUCGACAGUGCGAUGCAGAUGUUAAUGCUACAAACGACAAGCGUUUCACGCCGCUCAUGGUCGGUAGCAAAUAUGGCCGCAUAGAUCUGGUGCGAGCGCUCUUCGGUGAUCCACGGGUCGACAUCACACUGAAAGAUAUCCGUGGGCUAGGCGCAGUCGAAUUAGCGAAAGACGACGAUGUCCGGAACCGCAUCGACGACCUCGUCCUUCUAUCUACCCCAGCCGGCAAGGAUGGACGAAGCACAACGGUCGUGCGCUCCUUUUUCGUCGAGGACGCCACAGUACGCUUUGUACUGAAGUCUGGCGCCCAGAAUGCCAACGGCUCUACCACCGUUACAACCUGCCGGCGUUCCCUCCAGGACUUCGAGAACCUAGCUAAUUGGCUCACGAUUGAAUGCCCUGCCUCCUGGUUACCAUCACACUUUAAUCUCCCUUCACCCUUCCUUAUACCGUCUAAGCCGUCCCGAGCUGUGUUGAGGGAUACGCAGCUCCGACUCGACAACUUCUUUCGCAACCUACUUACUCACGGUACCUUCGCCACCCACGAACUAGUGUGGGAAUUCUUCCUCGUGCCUGAACUGGACGCCGAGAUGCUCACCGAGCGUAGCAAGCGCAAAGCCGAAGCACGGGUAGACAAUCUGAAGGACGACUACGAGCCCGUCGUGAUGACGGAAACGCAAGAAGUAGAGAACUUCGUCGCCUACGCCAAAGACCAGAUCCGUAGCAUCACCCUAUCAACCAAGAAAGUCACACGAGCCGUGAACAGGAGAAGGAUGCUCGACAACGACUUCUUCGAAGCCUCCACCCUCGCGUCUUCACGUCUGAGCACCCUCCUCUGCCUCCCACAACGCUACAUCACAGCCUAUGACCGCUACACUAAAGUCUUCCUCCCCACUGAGGCCUCGCCCUGGACGGCACUAUACUACACCCUCCACUCGACAACCUCCACGUCCUCCGCAUUAGCCGUGGCUCUUAACCGGCCCGCGUACCUCAUAGGCUCGAUGGCACAAACGCAUCGUAACGUCCUCCGGCAUAUCGACUCCCUUUCUCGCUCCAACCGCUGGACACCUAACAUCGGGCUCUUCGAAGACUCGAAGAAAGCGGCGGCGGAUGAGGCGAUGGAGCGAGCGAGGAAGGGUGAGAGGGAGCUGGAGAGUUUGGGGUGUGAGUUGAGGUAUACGCAGACUACUGUUGCCGGGGAGUUGGCCGCUUGGCAGGAUGAGCAUGUGAGACAGGGGAGGACGGCGCUCAAGAAGUUUGUGAAUGAUGUGGUGGUGAAGGAGAAGGCGAGGUUGGAGGGGAUGAGGAGGGCUCUGAGGGAGAUCAAGAAGGUGCAGGUCUUCUGA